AUGCCGGUACUAAGGAAAGGUGAGAAAAAUGAUAAGGAAAAGGGGACAAACCGAACAAAAAGCUGGAGAGGAGGCAAGCAGGAGAGGAGGAACACGGAUACAGCAAAUGAUCUUUCCGUGGAUGCCUUUAACAGGGCAGACAUUUAUCCACGAGAAACUCGUGUUCAACCCAGGCCCACAGGCCAGCGCUUUGAGAAACGUCAUCGUUUCACCCUCACCUCUGGAGUUGGACGGUUUGUUCUUCAAGAUCCAAUCCGGCGUGGUCCACGUUGGGCAACGGAGUGA